GAUCAAAACUGGCGGACAAUUUUGGGUCGAAAUAAAGUCCAUGAUGGAUGGACCUGAUAUAGCUGAAAAUGGCAAAGCCAGCGUGAAAUUCCCAUUUAACCUGUAGAUGUUGGCUUUUUUCAAUGCAGGAUUCUACAUGCAGGAGUUAGUCGGUAGCGUGGUGUGUCUGGUUUUGGGUAGGGAAAUAUGGCGAAGCCGAAGUGCUGUUCGAGUCUGGUGGCUGCAAGUUGAGUAAAAUUGGUAAGAAUGAAUUGAAUGAAAGAUGGAGACGACGAAAAAUGGAGCAAACAGGUCAAAAGUUGUAAAUAAACAUCGGUUUCUUAUGGAGUGCUAUUCAUCAACAAUUAUGUAUUGUUGGGAGAUCAUUUGAGGUCAGGAAGAUGGUAAAGGAGGCAUUAGGAAAGGUAGAGUCAGUCAGAGUGACCAGUAGUGGUUUUGAUUUCAAUGCGUCUCAGAAGAGCAGAAGGAGAGAGCAUUGUUUUUUGGAGCAGGGCACCGAUAAAAUGUGUUAUAUCUGGAGUUUCGUUGGAAGAGUGAAGAGUGUCUGCCUACUCAUGUGAUGCUGCGAUAUGGAAGAUACGCAGUGAGAGGGAUUGUGAAUAAACCACUGCAGUUAUGAAAUUUAUAAAAUAAUGGCCAUGUUUCAAGUGUGUACCGACGGAAUAUUUUUGCUAUUUAUUAGGAUCGCCAUUUAACCACUGCAAAAGUAUCAAAAUUGUUCACUUCUCUCAUUGACUUCUCAAACCCAGGCUUGGUCCGCAUCACAAGCGUUCUCUGAAGUCUCGCGUUGUUUGCGUCUCUGGGUUUAGAAACUGGGAGUGGGGGAACAGGAAGUUCCACGCAGGCGCACAUCAUUCUUCACAAUAAAGGACACACCAGAAUUGUGCAGUCGAGACCACAACUUUUGUGUACGUUUCAAAUGUAUUACUACUGGCUCCUGUAUUUCCACGACACUCUCCUUCCACACUGAGUCCAAACCUACAGUCACUGGGUCCUGAUUGUGACAGUGGAGCCCAUUUUGAAUUGCAGGAACCAGAGAUGGCAUCAGUGAAGCUGGAAGACUGCAGUCAAACACUGGAACUGAAUGCCAACAUUAAAGAUGAAGAAGUGGAGGAGAAGAUUGGGACAUCUGUUUCUCAUGGACGACUAGAAUUAAGUCUGAGGCCGGUAACAUCAACAGUAACGACAAACCCAGCCUGCCUCUCUCCUUCCACACUAAACCCACAGUCACUGGGUCCUGAUUGCAGUUUGCACUGCAGGAUCCAGAGAUGGCAUCAGUGAAGGUGAAAGACUACAGUCAAACACUGGAGCUGAAUGUCAACAUUAAAGAUGAAGAAGAGGAGGAGAAGAUUGGGAAAUCUGUUAAUCAUGGAGACCAUGUUGAGACAUUCUCUACAUCCAGAGAGCAUCAACAGGAAGAUCACAUAGCAAAGAGGUCUCACCACUGCACACAUUGUGAGGAGAUUUUCCCAUUUCUAUCAAAGCUAAAAAUACACCUAAAAAUACACACAGGAGAAAAGCUUUACGCUUGCUCUGAAUGUGGAAAAUGCUUCAAAACAUCAACAUCACUAAAACUUCAUCAGAGAACACACACAGGAGAAAAGCUUUACUCUUGCUCUGAAUGUGGAAAAUGCUUCAAAACAUCAACAUCACUAAAACGUCAUCAGAGAACACACACAGGAGAAAAGCUUUACUCUUGCUCUGAAUGUGGAAAAUGCUUCAAAACAUCAACAUCACUAAAACGUCAUCAGAGAACACACACAGGAGAGAAGCCUUACUCCUGCUCUGAAUGUGGGGCGAGUUUCUCUCAUAGGGAUACCUUAAAACAACAUGAACAUAUACACACAGGAAAGAAGCCUUACUCCUGCUCUGACUGCGGGGCAAGUUUCUCUCAUCGGAACACCUUAAAACAUCAUGAACAUAUACACACAGGAAAGAAGCCUUACUCCUGCUCUGACUGUGGGGCGAGUUUCUCUCGACUGGGCCACCUAAAAAGACAUGAGCGUUUACACACAGGAGAGAAGCCUUACUCCUGCUCUGACUGUGGAUCGAGUUUUUCUCAACGGGGCACUUUAAAAAAACAUGAAUGUAUACACACAGGAGAGAAGCCUUACUCCUGCUCUGACUGUGGGGCGAGUUUCUCUCUACUGGGCCAUUUAAAAAAACAUGAACGUAUACACACAGGAGAGAAGCCUUACUCCUGCUCUGACUGUGGAAGGAGUUUCUCUCAACUGUGCCACCUAAAAAGACAUGAGCGUUUACACGCAGGAGAGAAGCCUUACUCCUGCUCUGACUGUGGAUCGAGUUUUUCUCAACGGGGCACCUUAAAACACCAUGAACGCAUACACAAAGGAGAGAAGCCUUACUCCUGCUCUGAAUGUGGGGCGAGUUUCUCUCGACUGGGCACUUUAAAAAAACAUGAUCGUAUACACACAGGAGAGAAGCCUUACUUCUGCUCUGACUGUGGAAAGAGUUUCUCUCAACUGGGUACCUUAAAACAACAUGAACGUAUACACACAGGAGAGAAGCCUUACUCCUGCUCUUACUGUGGAAAGAGUUUCUCUCGACCGUGCACCUUACAAAAACAUGAACGUAUACACACGGGAGAGAAGCCUUAUUCCUGCUAUGACUGUGGGGCGAGUUUCUCUCGUCCGGACACCUUAAAACAACAUGAUUGUAUACACACAGGAGAGAAGCCUUACUCCUGCUCUGACUGUGGAAAGAGUUUCCAUCAACUGGGUACCUUAAAACAACAUGAACGUAUACACACAGGAGAGAAGCCUUACUCCUGCUCUGACUGUGGAAAGAGUUUCACUUACCUGGGCAACUUAAAACAACACAAACGCAUACACACAGGAGAGAAGCCUUACUUCUGCCCUGACUGUGGAAAGAGUUUCCGUCAACUGGGUACCUUAAAACAACAUGAACGUAUACACACAGGAGAGAAGCCUUACUCCUGCUCUGACUGUGGAAAGAGUUUCACUUACCUGGGCACCUUAAAACAACAUGAACGUAUACACAAAUGAGAGAAGCCUUACUCCUGCUCUGACUUUGAAAAGAGUUUCUCUCAGGAGUAAGAGAAGCCUUACUCCUUUUCUGACUGUGGGGCAAGUUUCUCUUGUCCGGGCACCUUAAAAUGACCUGAACAUAUACACACACUGGAGAGAAGCCUUAGUCCUGCUCCGACUGUGGAAAGUGUUUCUCUUGAAUGUCCCAUUUAAAAAGACACCAAAGGAAACACGAGAGGAGCCUUACCACUGAUCUGACUGUAGAAAAUGUUAAAACACCAGCUGAGCUUAAAGGUCAUUAGAGAAAAGACAAAAGAGAGAAGCCUUAUUUCCGUUCUCAAUGUGGCAAGAGUUUUUCCCAAUUGGGCAAUGUAAAAACACACCAACGGAUACACACUUGAGAGAAGCCUUAUCACUGCACUGACUGUGGGAAGAGGUUCUACAGAUUGGGUCAUUUAAAAAGACACAAAUGUAUACAUAAAGGACAGGCCUCAUCAGUUCUCUCAGACCAGCUAAGAUUAGACACUCCACUUAAUUCUCAUGUCAUUAAAUAAUUGGCAACGUUGAAUUGGAUCAAAUGAAGAAAGUGUAGAACACUAUUGUAAUCCUAUAGUUUCUCACUGUGAGAGAACAAUGCAGAGGAAAGGGAGCAUUAUAGAAUGUUAGUCUCUCUUUACUGAUCAGUGUGCACCUUGUCAGUUUUGGUGUGAGAGAGAAUAAAGUAGACGGCGCACGUCAAACGUUUGAUUUAUGACCCUAUGUCCGGAUGACGUGUGCAUGCCCAUAUUUGGGCAUCUGUUAAGGACAUCCUGGCGGGAAGUGAUCACGUGGUUAUGCCCAUAUAUGUUUAUCCUGUUCCUGUUUUCACGUCUUAGAGUGAGUGCGACAAUAUGUAUAUAAUGCCUUUGAAGUUGUCAUGAUGAUUGAUGUCUAGUGACCUCUUUGAACUGGGGGGGGGGGUGACCAUUUCAAAGAGUUUGACCCCCCCCCACCCCCUGUUUUAUUGACCUUAGGGUUGUUGUCUAUGAAACACGAAUGUCCUGGGGUAUUGGGGUUGGCAGACGCCUUAUAAAUAAAGCCCAGAACAAGACAUGCGUCCUCAGAACACUAAACAAGAUUUUUAAAAUCAGCAUGGAUUUUGUGAUCAGUGGCAAAGCUGUGAUGACUGUAACAACGGAAGCAGGACCUCGGUUAAAACAUCGAGAAAGGGCCAAGUAUCAAGCCACAAUAUACGAUGCACCAAAAAAAGCAGCUUCUAAGUGUGUAUAGAACCCAAAUACCGCCCGCAACUACGCUGAAAGAUCAAGUGCUGAUGUCUAAUGGACAUCAAUCUGGGUAUCGGUUUGAUUACCUGGCCUGUAGAGUGAACCUCUAUACGGUAGCCGAAGGAGAAGAAUAUACAGACCAGGCUUUAGGAGUGGACUACGGGCUUGAAGACUGGAUGGUUUUUCGCAAAGGUUGUGUGUCCCAAACGGAGCCUUAUCACCAAGGGGUAUAGCUUGUUCAAGGUGCCCCUGACUCCUCAGGAAGAAUAAUUCACAGGGUGAAAAUACAAAGAAAGAAUGGACUUCCAUGUGGCUACGUGGAGUUCUAUUUCGGCAACGAGGAAACCCGCAACCAAAACAUUUGUGAUGGUGGGGAUUUCAGGUUGCGCAUGCUUAUUCCUUUUCAAAUUUGGGAUCUAAUGGAAUUGAAAAUGUUCCAGCUGUUGGACGCUCUCUUUGUACAGAGCCAACAGCGGCAGAGCAUAGUUCAUGUAAAGAAGUGCAUAAUAUAUACGAAUCCUGAGGAUUAUGAUUCAAAGGAGCCCCAAGAAGGUACAUCCUCAGAAGGGACAGCCUCCGAAGACAACUAAGUAUGCGGUUGCGUUAACCACGCCCUGAUACCCAAAGGACUGGUUCAACAAUAAAAGGAGUGCCCUUAAAGCCUCCAGUUCUUCAUUUCAUCAUACACCAUGGAUAUUCAUACAACAUACCAGGACUCCGAUACGACAUGGGGGCCAGACCCUAAGGACUCUAUGCCUCGCAGCCCGGCUUUCUACUCCCACCUGGCGAGACCCACGACACUCCCUACAUGUACACAGCCUGAGGACGUGUUUGAUGGGGUAGUCAGUACUAUUUUUGUGGACACUAUCAAGGCCUCUGUAGCCACACUUCUAGACGUGGUGAUUGGAGAAUAUAUAAGAGAGCAAUGCAUCGGUUGUGAGAUCAAUCACCCCAGCAAGCGCCGUAUAUGACCCGCCAAGAUACUACUUCUUCAACCAAUUUGAGGAGCUGGUGAAAAGACUGUGGUCCUGCAGGUUUAUACCAUCGCUGGUCAGAGCCCUGGAAUCUAUCGGUCUUGUGCCGUCUAUCCCCAGAGUUUACUUGGUAACCAUGGCAUUCCUACAUGAACUGAAGGAGGCAAUCUACAUCCACGAUAAACUCAAAGAAAUCCGACACACCCUGUUGGACGACAAUAAAUACCGGGAAGUUGUGGUGGCUGAUGUGAUGACUUUCUGGCUCAAUAAACCCCAAGAGACCGAGUGACAUUUUGUUAUUUAGAUGUAAAGCAAUGGGCAACUAUGUGUAUACGAUGUUAGAGAUAAUAAAUGUCUUCUUUUGAGAGAACUUACAAAUGUUAUGCAUCAGAUUAUUGACAAUAAAGUGAACAAUGUAUCGUUCUACACAACACACAAUGCUUGGGAUAAUGUAGAGCGUGUGCUGAAAAUGGAACAAAUCAUGAAUCAUGUUGUGGAUGAUUCUGAAGAACUAGAAACAACUUUGUCUAAGAUUUUACUUUAUUUGUUUGAAACACCAUUUAAUUGUAACGUGUAUCAUAUUUGUUGUUUAUAUGCUUAUAUAACGGACAUGUGUGUUUUAAACAUUCAGCGACACAAGUCUGUAAAUCAAAACCAAAUAUACAGGGUGUUGCAUGCUGUGAUCAUUGAGAAAACUGGGACAUGUAUCCUGCAAAGAAUCCUGAAUAGUCUGAAUACGUAAUACUUGAUGCGUAAAUAAAACUUCUAUCAUGAAAAUGAAAUGUUGUCGUUAUU